ACACACAGGAGCAACGACUUGACAGAAGACUUUACAUGCAAAGCGUCUUUGGCAUUUGACCAGUGGUUUGCGUGCCUGACAGUUGGCAAACAGCUGAGCAACUACUACCGCUAUGGCGAGAAACGCAGCUGCGGCAGACAUUGGAGCAAACUCAAUCUGUGUAUGGGAAUGAAGAUGCGAUCCGAAGAGGCUGGAAAGGAGCUUAUGAGAGCAUUUAAUGCCAAGGAGGAGGCCAAGCGUGAUGCAAUGCCUAAUGUAUUGGAUUUGUGGUCGAAGCGGACAGAGCCGCUGAAAGGACCGGAGCACAAGUCGACCACAGCUGCGUUCUAAUAAAAUAAAACUACUGUGGGGAGGGAGGGGGGGGGAGUUUUUUUAUUUACUUUUAACCGUCCAUACAGAAAAUAAAAAAUUACAUACAA